UCCGCGCGCCGGCGUGAGGGUGCCGAGGCGGCCGUUGGCGGCGGUCACCAUGGGGCUGAGCGCGGAGGAGGCGGCGGAGCAGGAGGACCGCUUCGAUGGCAUGCUCCUGGCCAUGGCCCAGCAGCACCAGGGCGGCGUGCGCGAGCUUGUGAAUACAUUCUUUAGCUUCCUGAGGCGUAAAACUGAUUUCUUCACCGGUGGAGAAGAUGGAGUAGCAGAAAAGUUGAUCACAGAUACCUUCAACCAUCACAACAAGCUAGCUCAGAAGGAGCGGAAGGAAAAAAAGGCUCGCCAAGAGGCAGAACGUCGUGAAAAGGCAGAGAGAGCUGCUAAACUUGCUAAGGAAACAAAGCAGGAAGCUAACGAGCCAAGGAUUAAGGAGCUUACAGAUGAGGAAGCAGAAAGGCUGCAGCUAGAAAUCGAUCAGAAAAAAGAGGCACAAGGAGAGAUAAACAGCGUCUCAGUGAAAUCCUUGGAAGAUGAAAGAGAGUCUUCAGAGUCCAGCAAGCAGGAAACAGAUGAAGAGGAGGAAGAUGAGAAGGAUAAAGGAAAACUUAAGCCCAAUUCUGGCAAUGGAGCUGACCUUCCAAAUUACAGAUGGACACAGACCCUUUCAGAACUGGAUCUGGCCAUCCCUUUCAAGGUGAGCUUCCGGUUGAAGGGAAAGGAUGUAAUGGUGGACAUCCAGAGACGACGCCUCAAAGUUGGUCUGAAGGGCCAUUCGCCUGUCAUUGAUGGAGAGCUUUUCAAUGAAGUGAAGGUGGAGGAGAGCUCCUGGCUGAUAGAGGAUGGCAAAACAGUCACUGUGCACCUGGAAAAGAUCAACAAGAUGGAAUGGUGGAACAAACUAGUCUCCACAGACCCAGAAAUCAACACCAAGAAAAUUAAUCCAGAGAACUCAAAAUUGUCAGACCUGGAUAGCGAGACUCGCAGUAUGGUGGAGAAAAUGAUGUAUGAUCAGCGACAGAAAUCCAUGGGCCUCCCCACGUCUGAUGAACAGAAGAAGCAAGACAUUUUGAAAAAGUUCAUGGAACAGCAUCCAGAAAUGGACUUUUCAAAGGCUAAAUUCAACUGAGCCCUCCCCUUCUCCCCCUUCUUUCAGUCAGCCCAUUGAAUGGGACAGGAUACGUAUUGCAGGAUAUGUAGGGAUCCCUUAACUUGGGCAAGUAAACACUUCCAGCAUCCCCACCUGAGCUUGCUGUGGAGGCAGCUUUGUGGAGUUGUCCUCUGUUGUCCUGUGCUGAGCAGAACACAAGGCCACAGAAUUGGCUUGCAGCAGUGCAUGAGUCAGAGCCAUCUGUGACACUUUCCAUAUGGCAGUUAGGAGAGAAGGAGGGAAUACAGCAGCAAAAAUAAAUAAAUAAAUAAUAAAAAAAAGUGUUAGGUCUACAAGAGCCAGACUCGAGAGGUUUUGGGACAUACUCUUAAAUAUAUUGCUUAGCUUAUUUUCCUGGGUCUUCAGAGCUGUUAAUCCACUCUUAGCCAUUUUGGUUCCGGCAGAAGGUACUCUUGAAUUUUACUCCCUUCCCCUUUGGCUUUCCUGCUCUCCUGUGAAAACUGAGCCUGCUUAUUUUGUAAAGGGGUACUUAGCCCAUCACUCUGCUUCUGCCUCCUUGAGCCUUGGAAAGGAAACACGCUAGUAAGAACCAGCUAUUGCUAUAGAGAAAGACACUGCUCUUCCUCGCAGUCUGUCCCAUGUAGCAGAGGGCAUCAUACUACUGUCCAGGAACUGAAGGGGGAAACGUAAAACUGCUUCCCCUCUUCUCGCUUGUAAUGAGUUCAACGGUAUCUAAAGAGAGGGUUUAGCAGCUGAGCUGCACUCAGGUGCUUUCCUUUGCUGCUGCUGCUGUACUUUUGGAAAGUGGAACAGAUUUAGCUCUGCAGGGCUGUGGGCAGGAUCCCCCCCAUCAUGGCUGGAAAGGUUGACUUCCUGCCCUAUGGAAAGGGAAGACUGGAGAGCCUGUGGUCAAGGACAGGGCAUGGCGGAGGGGGGAGGUGUGUCUUUGAGGGAUGCUGUUCUUGCUGGAGUGCGUCUCCUGCCUCUUUUCCAAGAGUCUCUGCUGACUACUGACAGGCAUUGCUGCAUUCUCAGAGCUCCUGCUGAUGAGUGGCAUUACUCUGCAUGUUCGUAUCUUUGUUAAAACUGCAGUGCAACAUAAAAAAAAUGGCAUAUUUCCAGGUAAA